AUUGAUAACAUACUCGCAAUAGUAUGACCAGACGUACCCUUUGGGGAAUGGGCUUUGUUAAUUGUUCGAAAUUAUUAUUAUCAUUAUUAUUAAUAUUUUAUUAUGUUAUUAUAUUAUUAUUAUGAUUAUAAUAAUUAUUAUUAUUAUUGUUAUUAUUUCGGUUAUACCAAUCUACGAGAAAGGAUUACAACUUAUGGUUGAUCUACCGAAACAUACCUGCAUAAGAACCUGGAACAUACGUGGCUAUUGGAAGAGUAACAAACACGAUGUUAACCUACCUAAAUGUGUACCCGAUCUAAUCGAAUCUAACAUGGAUCAAGAUAAUACGGAGAAGAUUAAUACAGUCUACAAGUGUAACGUGAACAAACACAUAUGCAACUUUUGCGAGAAAGUCUUCCCGUUGAGGGGUCUUUUAAAAAGACACAUACAAGUCGGCUGCAAGAUGAAUCCACGUAAUUCGCAUUUCGUUUGUGGAUUUUGUCAAUAUACGAGCAUGUACAAAGCGAACAUGGAAAGGCACGUUAGAAAUGUUCACGACACCGGCAAUUCUAAAUUCCGUUGCGACUUAUGCAAUUUUUCGAGCAAUUAUUCCUUCUGCGUUAGAAGACACAUGAAUACGUUUCAUCGUAAAUCGAAUGAUCUGCAACAGCUAUGAAUUACGAAACGUCUUUUUUUUAUUUUUUCUUUUUUUUGUUAUUUUCUUUUUAUUCUUUUUCUGAAUCUUAUUUUUCUUCUUCUUCUUCUUCUUCUUACUCUUGUUCUUUUUCUCGCUUUUUUAUUUUUAUUCUCUUUUUUUUUUUUGGGAGAAUGGAAUGGGACGAACGAAGGAAACUGAAAUUAGAUUUCGAAGAAAUCUUUUUUUCAACGAUUAAAACACACUUUUCUAUACUCUCUCUUCUUCUUCGUUUGUUUCGUUUUCCUUUUUCUUUCUUUUUUUUUUCUUUUCUUCGAAAAUUCGAGCAAACUUUCGACGAGCUUUCAUGAUGAAACGAACGAUCUAGCGUUCUACAAUGGCUAUGAGCUACGAACGAUUUUAUUUUUAUUCUUCUUCUUCUCUUUUUUUUUUAUUUUAUUUUAUUUCGAGUGAUAAGAUGGAUAGAAAAAUUUUAUUGAGAAUUAUCGAAGACCAGUCGAAAUCGUUCGAUUUAAAUGUAUGAUAUUUUAUUUGAUCGAAAUGGACGAUAUAUAUAUAUAUAUUUUUUUUCCUGUAAACACUUUUAUAGUGUUGAAUAUUUAAAGAAUUACUUCUAAUUUCAGUGUAUCCAGUUGUAUAUUCGGUAUUAGAUUAAUUAACAUUUUUUUUCUUCUUUUUUUUUCUCUUAUAUACGCGUGUAUAUGCUGCCUGUUUAUCGUUCUUAACGAUGUACCUGGUGAACGACACCAUUUUUCUAUAAAACGAAAUAAGUAUUAAUUAUAAUUAUAACGAAUAGUAAUCGCGUAAUGAUAAUUACCGAUAAGAAAACGCGUAUUUUUAAUUAAUUAAAAAUAUACGUUUGACAAUGUACAGGAUGUAACAUUAUUCUAAUUACUUAGAACAUUUUUCUUUUAUUUUUCUUUUUUCUUUUUCUUUCUUUAUAUUCCUUUCUCUUUUUUUUUUCUUUCUUCUUUUCCUCUUGGAAAUUAAUUAAUUUAUAUCAAUGAAAUCUACGAAAUCAAUUCAUUAUCACAAUUCUAUGUUAUUAUAAUUAAUGAACAAUUAAAAACGUUACGAUUAAUUAGAACAUCCUGCACACAGCUUUCGCAUAAAACAUUCCUUGCUUGGCAAAAUCAAUUAAUCGAUCUUCUCAAACAAAUCUUUAAUAUUUCAUUCAUCGUGAUUAUGCGAUUAGAAAAUUAUUGUUGAUCGAUAUACUUACUUUGUUAAGUACUCGAGAUUAUACACUUUAGAAAAUAUAUAAUAAAUGAUAUAUAUAUUAUUAUAUGAAAGAAAGAAAUAAUAUUUCAAUAUAUGCUUGGAGAAGAAUUUAAAUGCCGCAUAUGUGUGUAUGCGUGUGUAUGUAUAUAUAUAUAUAUAGACGAAAGUUUAUUAAUUAAGUUAUUGUAAUAAAUUAAAUGAUGAUCCAACAAAAGAAAAAAUAAAUAAACAAAACUAUAUAUAUAUAUAUAUGUGUAUGUAUGUAUGUGUGCGUGUGUGUGUCUGUGUAUGCGUGUAUGUGUAAUUUAACGCAUACGAAAAAGAAAACAAAUCUUUUUAUAAUAUUAUUUGCAAUAUUCGGACAUGAGUCCAAUUUAAUUGAUUGUCUGUUUUAUUUAAGCCAAGCAUACUUAGAUUUAUUCAGUUUUUAAUAAACACGAAUCGUUUAUCAACAAAUGUGUAAGGAAAACCAUCUUUCUCUUUUUCUUUUUCUUUCUCUUUCUCUCUCUCUCUCUCUCUCUCUCUCUCUCUCUCUUUUUCUCUUUCUCUCUUUUUUCUCUCUCUUUCCUUAUCUGUCUCCUUUUUAUGUAUAUACGUAAACACAUAUUAUCCUUGAACGUUUUCAAAAUCUAUUGUUAAUAAAUUUCCUAACUAAAAAUUAAUAUAUAUAUAUACAUACAUACAUACAUAUAUAUAUGUGUGUAUAUUUGUGUGUGUGUGUGUGUGCGCGCGCGUGUGUAUGUGGAUGUCAUGUGAUUUAAAGUUUUG